GGACGACGCUCGAAAAUGACGCCGACAACUGUGUGGAUUUGCAUCUGCCUUAGUGCGCAGGUCAUCGGACAGCCAAAGCUGGUGAUCGACCAUGACGGUGGAGCGGACGACGCCAUUGCGAUCUUUGAAGCGUUGCUCUGUGAACAAUAUUUCAAUGGUCCGCAGGUGCUGGCUAUAACGACCACCCACGGCAACGUGCCCGAAGACCAGGCGUUCGUCAACACUCAGAGAAUCCUGAACAUCGCUAAGAGACGAGAUGUGCCUAUCUACAGGGGCAGCAAUAACGCCCUUACAAUCGAUGUACCAUCGGACAGUUUCUUCGGCACCGACGGACUUGGAGACUCGCCACCCAGACGUAUAAGGCCCUUACCACCACGGCCGGGGCACGCUGCGCUAGCACUCAUAGAGUUGACUAAGAAAUACCCUGGUGAAGUGAAGGUGGUAGCUGUGGGAUCUUUCACCAAUAUCGCUCUGGCCAUUCGGUUGGAUCCCACAUUCCUGAGCAGAGUAAACACACUGUAUCUGGCUGAUGGCCGCGAAGCAUCAACACCAAAAUAUAAUGUAAAACACGACGUGGAAGCGUACUACGCGGUGGCGGAGGCGGCGACGCCGGAUAAAGUCACCAUCGUCUAUUACAGGGGCCAAAUUGAUAUCUCCACGGAAGGACCAAUUGGUAUGAUCGACCCGUCGCUGCUGCUGCGGCCGGAGAAGGUAUAUGAUGACAAGCCCAUCGACGCCUUCCGCGACUACUCCGUCGACGACACAGACCCCAUCAAGGAGCGAGUGCGCAGGACUUACUACGAGAUGCACACCAACAUGACGGUCGACUUUGUCAAGGCAAAAAUGGACAAAUGGCUGAAGUUCAACCACUUCAAGUCCACGGUGAAGGACGCGCUGAUCAAGCUGAAUGAGCUGGUGGACGAGUCAGACCCUGACUCCGAUCUGCCGAACAUCGUGCACGCUUUCCAGACGGCUGAACGUAUCCGUCAGGAGCAUCCUGACAAGGAGUGGAUGCACCUGAUCGGCCUUAUCCACGACCUUGGCAAGGUCAUGGCGUUCUUCGGCGAACCGCAAUGGUGCGUGGUGGGCGACACGUUCCCCGUCGGCUGCAAGUGGGGCAAGAGCAUCGUUUACGGAGACGACAGCUUCAAAGACAACCCCGACACUUACAACCAUAAAUACAACACCGAUUGCGGCAUGUACAAGCCGAAAAUGGGACUGGAGAACCUGAUGAUGUCGUGGGGACACGACGAGUACCUGUACCGCAUGCUGGUGCACAACAAGUGCAAGUUCCCCAAGGAGGGGCUCUACAUGAUCAGAUACCACUCGUUCUACCCGUGGCACGCGGGCGGCGACUACAAGCACCUGCUCGUAGAGAGCGACAAAGACAUCGAGGCGGCUGUCCUCGAGUUUAACAAAUACGACCUGUACACGAAGAGCGCCUCAGUCCCCGACAUCGAGGCGCUGUGGCCCUAUUACGACAAGCUCAUCGAGAAAUACAUGCCCGGAGUCCUGGAGUGGUAGACUGAACAUGAAAAACCUCUCCUAACGACAAGCGAUAUGCACCUACAGAUCUCCGCUAUCCGCUAUAGAGUCUAUCCGCUUUUCUAAGAUCAAGUACGCCAUAGUAAAUGUAUGGCGAACUUGAUCUUAGAAAUCGGACACGCUAUAGUGGAUAUACCAUUGUCCAAAACGUUCUGACAAUUCGUAAGAAUGAAAAGAAAAUCUUAAAUGUCAAAAACAUUUAAGAUUUUCUUUUCAAAUGUAUAGAACAUACCCUUGUAAAAAUGUAAAAGAUCAACAAGUCACUCGGUUUACGAGUUAACCGCCUUAGGAUAUUGAAUAACGACUAUUCAUAAGUUGUCUCUGGCUUUAACAGUUUGCUUAAGCUUUCGAAGCAUUGACUCGUCAUAACUCAUAAUGUCGGCUGUAUACACGCGUCGAGAGCCUCUCGCCGACUCUCGGUACCGCUCCGAUCCAAUUGGAGAAGCGGGAGACGAGACAAGAGCGAGACGAGAAGGGAGCAGCAUGUACACACUCGUUCUCGGCCUGUCUCAGGUCUCUACACGAGUGUGUACAGCCCACAUUUAAAAGAGGCGGGCAAAAUAGCAGUGAAUUUUGUGAUAUGUUUUUGUUACCAAAUGUACCUAUGGACAUGAUUUCAAAAUUGAUUUAUAUAUGUACCUAAGCGGAAGGCAAUUAUAUCGAUCCGACACUACUCUUUUUCAUGUCUAUCGACUAUCUUUCUCAGGUUCAUACAUUUAGAAGAAUACCAGUGACGUAUUUGAAUGAAUAUAAUUGUAAAUAGACAUGAGGAUAAAUUGGCCGAGUUAUCUGCUUUGUAUAUAAUAAUAAAAUAAAUAUAAGUAAUAA